AUGCUGCUACGUCUGCUCUUUUCCCACCUGUUGGGGGCCUGGCUGCUGCUGAGUUUCUUCCCCGGAGAGCUCAGAGCCCAGAACGUCGGAGACAUCCCGAUGCAGCUGUGCGGCCGCGAUUUCAUCCGGGCCGUGAUCUUCACCUGCGGAGGGUCCCGCUGGAAGAGGAUUUCCAUGACGGAACCAAAGCAGAUGCUUGUCUCCCAUAGCGAUGAUGUGGAAAAUGGAAAGUUGGAUCUAGAGUUCAUUCCUGGUUGGGAGGAGGGGCAGAUUCCUCAGCUGAACGGAGGCUGGGAUAAACUAAAGAAAAGACGAGGUCUACGUCACACUGACGACUCCACCUCCUCAAUGGAAGAGUUCCUGAUAGGUUCUGAUGAAGUCAAGGAAGCUAUUGAGAAAAACAAAAAUGAAAUCAAAGCCACCAAUCCUUUGGAACAAUAUGACUUUAUGUGGGGGAUACAUCCCCGGAAAAAGAGAGAGAAGCCCACUGGGAUAGCACAUUAUUGUUGUCAGUCGGCUUGUACCAAAAGUGAUAUUGCUCGACUGUGCUGAGAGGAUCUCUGCUUUAGACAUGUAUUCUCAGUGUCAAGUUCACUGGUGCCCCAGGCGGGCACAACAUGUUGGAUUAACAUGAAAAAUCACUUUAAUUACUUUACC